AUGGCAACGACAGAACUCCAGAAGCAAGUUGGCCAGCUUUUCGCGGUCGGCUUUCACGGCCAGACGCCGAGCCCAGAGAUCAAGACCUUGAUUCACGACUAUCAUGUCGGUGGCAUCGUUCUCUUUUCCCGCAAUUUCCAGACUGCCUCUCAGCUACAGGAUUUGACACUCGCUCUGCAAAAUGAAGCGCGAUCUGCGGGGCAUGCUCGGCCUUUAUUCAUUGGAAUAGACCAGGAGAAUGGUCUGGUAACCCGAAUCUCGCCCCCGAUUGCGCCUCAAGUUCCUGGUCCGAUGGCCCUAGGCGCUACGCAUGAUCCAGAAUUGGCUUACGAAGCCGGAAAAGCCACUGGUGAGGUCUUAAACUUCUUCGGGGUCAACAUGAACUAUGCCCCGGUCUGCGAUAUCAACUCCGAGCCGUUGAACCCUGUCAUUGGUGUUCGCAGCCCUGGCGAUGAUCCAGAAUUCGUCGGACGGUUUGCUAGUGCGACGGCACGGGGAUUACGGGAGCGGAAGAUUGUCCCGAGUGUGAAGCAUUUCCCUGGACACGGGGAUACUGCCGUUGACUCGCACUACGGAUUGCCUGUCAUUCCAAAAACAAGAGAUCAACUCGAGCGUUGUGAGCUGAUCCCGUUUCGUCGAGCUGUGGCCGAGCAGGUUGAAACUGUCAUGACUGCCCAUAUCUCCCUUCCUAGCAUUGACCCCAUGUAUCCCGCGACGUUGUCGCCUAAGGCUCUAGGUAUUUUGCGAAAUGAUAUGAGCUACGACGGUAUGGUUAUCACCGACUGCCUGGAAAUGGACGGAAUCCGGGCCACAUUUGGCACAGAGCAGGGCUCCGUGCUCGCGUUGCAAGCUGGUAGUGAUAGCAUCAUGAUUUGUCACACAUUUGAGGUGCAAGUGGGCUCUAUCAAGAAAGUCUGUGAUGCAGUUCAGUCUGGUGCCAUUGAGCCAUCAAGACUGGCAGAUGCGUGUCGCCGCGUGGCUAAUGUGAAGGACAAGUUCUUAACCUGGGAGGAUGCCUUGCGUCAACAGAAUCUUGAAGAGCUUGACGCCUUGAAUAGGAGAAUUUUGCCAAUUUGUGAAGAGGCAUACGGCAGAUCAGUCACGCUUGUUCGUGACACCGCUUCAAUUCUCCCACUCUCUAAGACUGCAAAUAUUAUCCUCCUCUUCCCAGGCGAUAAAACCCCUGCUGGUGGCGCAGUCGAUGGAGAGGGAAUGGGUCGACAGGGAUCAUAUGAAGCAACUGCCUAUUUGGACGCUCUUCGACGGCACAAUCCAUCAAUCUCAGAACUCAAAUACGCAGAAGCCGGUCUCAGUGACGACGAAUUAAGUCUCAUCACGUCAGCUGAUGCAGUUAUUUUCGUGUCUGCCAAUGCACGAGAGUCUCCGUACCAAGAAUCGUUAGGCAAAUUGCUUCCCAGCAACGCUCGGUCGCUAGUCGCUAUUGCUGCUUGCAACCCUUAUGAUUUCCUGGAGGUGCCAGAGGUCCAGACAUAUCUCGCUACCUAUGAGCCGACCGUUGAAGCGUUCUCUGUUGCUGCUGACAUCAUCUUUGGCGCAAAGACUGCGCAGGGGUCUCUGCCAGUCGUUUUGUCUGAUCCGGAAAAAGCUGAUAUGCAUGUGGUGCGGUUUGAUGCACUUAAAGACGUCGAUUCUAUCGUCUCUGUUUGGAAGGAAGCAUUGCCAACGUACAUCUUACCUGCGGAUGAUUUGCGAUCUCUGAUUACUGAUGGUAAAAACGCACAUCAUUUUGUGGCUCGUGUCGGAUCAGAGCUAGUCGGAUUCUGCCUUGCUUAUACUAACGCCCACGGAGGCCCCAAGCCCGUUCACAUUGCAGUGUUAGCUGUAGCGCCCAAGUAUCAGGGACAGGGUAUUGGAACUGCACUUCUAACCGAAACGCGAUCGUACUUCCGCACGCAGUUUGACAUAAAUCAACUGAAGCUUGGUAGCUCCUUUCCGCGAUUCUGGCCGGGAAUACCACGGGAGCUUCCAGAAACGGUUCAAGAUUUCUUUGUCCAUCGUGGAUUCCGACUCAGCCCGCCAGGGGCAAGGUCAGUUGACUUAUACCAGGACAUCCGGAAUUUCCAGGCACCGGAGAAGUAUAUCACGCGCGCGGAAAAAGGAGGGUUUCGCUUUGCACCGUUGCGGCCAGUGGACUAUGAGGCGUGCUUAGGUUGGGUAGAAGCUUACGUCACACUCCAUCCCAAGGAUUACCCUGAUUGUGUGAUGACUGCCUUUGACUCCCAAGGUCAACAGGUCGGAUGGACCCUGAUGCUGCCCCCAAUCCCAACGCUAAAGAAGGUCUGGGCAUUCCCUCAAAUUUGCGGUCCUCAGACCGGUUUAAUCGGCUGCGUGGGCAUUGAUGCGUCUCACCGGAAGUCCGGUAUUGGAUUGGCGAUGAUCUGUCAUGCGAUCAACAAUAUGAAGCAGCGCGGUAUUGAGGGGGUCUUUGUGGAUUGGGUGGCAUUGGAUGGAUGGUAUGAGCAGGUUGGGUUUAAGACCUGGCGCAGCUAUCGGCCUGGCGAGAUCUGA